UCAUCACAACCAACAGAUCCACAGAAAGUCAGUUACUAUUCGGACGAAAACGAGUCCCGAUUAGCGCGAAAGACUAAAGACAACCCAUUCUUCCCAAUCGCAAUGACGGGUUUCACGGCAGCCGUACUGUACGGCGCGUAUCGCUUCAAGUAUCGGCCGCACGAUAUGCCCAUUUCACUCUAUCUGAUCCAACUUCGUGUGGCCGCACAGGGAGUGGCCGUCGGUUCCCUCACCAUCGGAAUGAUCUACAUGUUAGGCAAACGAGCGUAUAAUCACUUUUAUAACGUGCCGAACUACAGUGUACAUGUAGACGAACAUAAGUUUAUGAAACAGAAGUUCAUCGACUCUGAUUUGUCUGAGUUGUCGAAACUGGAACUGUUGUGUCAGAGGGAGACAGUGAAGACACAGUUGGCCACCGAAGUCGGUCGACUCACACUCCGGAGGAAUCAAUUGGUGAAACGUCUUCAGGACGUGUCCACCGAUGACUCGACGGGCAAACCGUGCGGUUCGGCCAGCGAUGAGGACAAGGAGGACGAUCUCAGCGCUGACCUCUCGUCCGGUAUCAGCAAAUUGAUGGACGGCAACUCUGAACAGUCGGACGAAGACAAAGACAAGUCAUUGUUGUCGACCACUCACUCACUCUCGCCGUCCAGUAUUAAAGAAGAGGGUUAUGGCAGCGAAGAGAAGUCAGAGCACACGCCGUCCUCCACCACGAGUCACAACACGUUCUCCCGGUUCUCGAGGGGCUCCGGGAGGCUAUCGAUGGUCGGCAACCAACUGGACGUGUGGGUCGACGCCGCUGACCGGCAGCUCAGCCGUAGUGUUAAUCGUAAAGAGAAAAGUGCGGCCAAAGAAAUGUAUAAAAACUAUAAUUCAUUGCCAAAGCAUAUGAGCUAUGGUUCGGCGACCAAAGCGACCACUUCUGUCUCCUCCUCCAUAUCCAGUGAAGACAUUAUCAAACAUAGGGAUGAUAUGCGAGACAAACCAUCUGUGAUAGUGAUUUUGGCCAAAGAGUCGGGACCGCUGGGCAUUCAUGUGGUGCCCGAAAGUGAUGACAUCGGUUGCGGUAAUGGUCUCCUCAUUCAGGGCAUAGAGCCCGGCGGCCGCAUCGACCGCGACGGACGCCUACACGUCGGCGACGCCAUCAUUGAGAUCAACGGCCAGAGUAUUGUCGACACAGACUUCGAAAGCGCUCAACAAAUCUUCAGAUCCGCUCUACAGACCGACGAAAUAACGCUUCGUUUAAUUAAAUACAAUCAAAAUGUGAAUCAAAAUCUGAGCGCGUCUUCGCUGAAGAAGCCGUGUCCGCCACCAGUGCUGCCGAAGCCCGUGAACGUUAUGAAACAACACGAACAGCUCAGACUCGUCGAGGGUAUGGUUGAGGGCGAGGAGAGGGCUGUCCAGCCGACCAAAGUAGCCACCGUUACGUCAACUAAUAAAUUGACGCCAACCGCAGCCAUCACUCAUAAACCGGCCGUCAGUUCGGUCUUAGUUGUGGCCAAUACUCGAAAAAUUGGCAAAAAAUAUCACAUUCAGCUCAAGAAGGGUCCCGAAGGCCUCGGGUUUAGUAUUACGACAAGAGAUAACCCGACCGGUGGUAAUGUUCCCAUUUAUAUCAAGAAUAUAUUAUCAAACGGCGCCGCCGUAGAGGACGGGCGGCUCAAACCAGGAGACCGUUUGCUCGAAGUUUGUGGCAUUGAAAUGACGGGUAAAUCACAAUCAGAAGCGGUCAAUAUAUUACGAACACUACCCCUCGGGACGGGUGUAGACCUAAUAGUGUCGCGUCAAGAAGUGGACGCGUCUCCGAGUCCAAUGAUGCCGAGACGACUGCCACCAGAGAAGUCCGGCGAGACGUCGGGCAAUGAGCGCGAAGUAUUGACUUUUGAAAUACCGCUCAACGAUACGGGUUCUGCAGGUUUGGGCGUUAGUAUGAAAGGCAAGACCACUACAGCGACGGGUGUGCCGUCAGAUUUGGGCAUUUUUGUCAAAUCGGUGAUUCACGGCGGGGCCGCCUCUAAGGACGGACGCCUUAAGACCAACGACCAGUUGAUUAACAUUAAUGGCAUUCCAUUGCUGGGUAUGUCCAACAGUCAAGCCAUGGAGACAUUGAGAAGGGCUAUGAUUUUUAGCGAGGGUCCGGUCGCUAAUCCCACCGCUAUUACAGUGACUAUCGCCCGAAAGUCGGCCACUUGUGAGGCCGACCUCAACAAUAGCUGCCACGAGAGGAAUGAUUCCCAAUUGAGUGCCACAUCUAAUAACUCGUCUAAUGAAGAAUCGUUUUGUGUAAAUAAUAAUAAUCUUAGAUUAGACGAGACAUACGAUCACAGCUACCGCUCCACCGAUAAUACAGUUAUUUAUAGACCAAAAAGUGAUGUACAAGUGAUGAGUAAUAAACUGAUGCAAAGAGAGUCUCAGAGUCUGUCAUCGCCUACAGAAGAAUCGCCAAAAACGCCAAACAAUAGUCAUUCGUUGAAUCAGACAUUUUUAAAGCAGUUUUAUUUGAGUGAAAAUCACGACUCGAACCGAAUAUACGACAAAUCACCGAAUGUUAUGAACAGAAGUGAUGUAAUCAUCGAAAGGGAUAGCGUUGAGAAUGGAGUGCCUAUCCAUAGGACAGGUGUUGGCGGCGGCGGUAGCGGUGGUGACAGAAAUGAUUCGGUGUCUGAAUCGGCACCGCGUGAUAGUCAGCUCUCGUUGAUCGAAGACAACGAUGGUUUCCAACGCGACGGCUUCGGCCGCCAAUCCAUGUCCGAGAAAAGACACGCACAGCUCGACGCCAAGAGUACCGACACAUAUCGCAGGAGUAAGAAAGCCAAAGAAGAGAAGGAACGACAGCUCCGGGAACGACAACACUCUGAUACACCUCAACAACAACCAAACCAAUCGGUGAAUGGUAUGCAUCAGACACCACAACAACAACAACCAGUGAAUACCGAUCACAAAGUAGUAGUUCCGCACGAAUUAGGUUUGUGUCUCAAU